GGCGGCUGGCUUGACCGCAGUGCUCAUCUUGGCGUUACAUACGCUUCCACACAGGAAGGUGAAAACACGUACAGAGACUUCAAUGACAAUGCACAGUGAGAGAUGAUGGACUCUGAGGUGUCUGUGCUGCUGCACUGUGCAGCCUGGAGGGGCCUGCUGCAGUCUCAAGUACAAGUGGAGCUCUCUGAAAGAUUCAACAGGCAGACAGAUCCGUCCCUGGAGCAUCAAAUAGACGAGGUGUGGACACAGCGGGUGUCCCAGGAGCCGUGGCUUUUCAACGGGUCCAAAUUCAGACUGCACUCUUUCCGCUUGGCCUCAUCAUCCUCUGUUUCUCCUGAACUCUCACCCUGCACUCAUCAGCACCACAUCCCCCUCUUAGACUGUGCAGAGCAACAGGAGGGUGAAUUAAAACACAGCAGAAAAAGGAUGGAGGAGAAUGUGUCCAUUAAGGAUUCUCUGCAUGACGCUGUUCAGAGCAGUUUGGACCAAAGAAGCCGACCUGUGAACCACAGAGAAAAUGAAGAUUGUGCAUUCUCACAAGCGACCUCCAUUCACAGUGAAUCUAAGAGCAACACAGACCAACGUCCUUUCAAAAACACAGAUGAUGAGGAGACCGCGUCGCUCCUCACUCUGAGACUCGGCCUUACCUGCUACAAAGACUACCUGGGAACCAACUGGUCGGGUGGAGUGUCCGAGCUUCGUCAGCAUGGAGAGGUGCAGUUCGGGGAUCCUCUGGCGCUGCUGGCUCAGCCUCUGGGUGUGGGUGGCGUCGUGUGUACGGACGACGGUCAGGUGGUGUUGAUCAGGAGGAGCCAGAGGGUGGCGGAGGCAGGGGGGCUCCUGGACAUCCCCGGAGGUCACCCAGAGCCAAAGGUGGUGUGCGAGCGUCUGGGCCAGUUUGUGUGUGAGGAGCAGAUCAGUGUGGACAUGAUGCAGCAGAGGCACGUCGUCUCCGAGCUGUUCUCCUCUGUGUGCGCCGAGAUCAGAGACGAGGUGAAUAUUCCUCUGAGCUCCCUGGGAGAGCCGGUCCUGAUGGGAGUCGCUCUGAACCACACCAGCGCUGGCAGACCGAGUGCUGAGUUUUACAUCAGCUGCUCGUUGACGUCGGAUGAAGUCCGAACAUUGUACUGGAAAGGAGGCGCAGAGGCCAGCGAGUCCACAGACAUUAUCUUUCUCAGCAGGACGGAGGUGUUGCAGCUGGACAGGAGCAGCCCUCUGUGGUCGAAGCUGUGUCCCUCAGCGAAAGGAGCCGUGCUGCUUUAUCAGACGGUGAAGCCGGACAGCGAGCGAGGCCAGAGCACACGACACGACUCGUCAGAAAAUACCUCCAGAUGAUCAAAUGUACACAAACAUUAGAUUUAGAUGUUACUUUAUUCAUCCCGAGGGAGAAAUUUCUUGAAAAAUGAAAACUUGAAGAAUUGAUUACUCUUUGAAAGCGACCAACUGCUGUGUAUUUUCAUCAUUUGUAAACUGUACAGUAAAAACAGGAUUGAAUUUUAAAAAUAAUUUGAAUAAAAAUCCUUUAAAGUGA